UCUCAGUGCUUCAUUUCCACUUUAAGGUGUUCAUUUAUGACCAUUACCGUCAAACUUAAAUUAAAAGCCAGGGUUACUUUAUUUGUUUCAAUCGCUGAAAAUUCUUGCUCAGCAAAGAUGGGGAAUACUAUCACAUUUAUUAUUUGAACCAGUAUGAAUAUUACCGUACAUGCAUUAACAUUAACCAAUAACCCGCGCAUUAUUCGAAUAAUGCGCGCAAACUUUCCGGUGGUCGAGUAGUAUAACUGCGUUUGGUCUGAAAGACGUAACCGCUAUGACAACAGCAGACUGGCUUUGGUCUGCUGAUGCCAGGGAUGGACUUCCCGCGUGCCGUGUUUUCCCGCCGAUGUUUUAUGGUUAUGCUGUUGACGGCUUAAAUAAAUGAACUUUAUAAAUUGAGCAGUGAACACAAACUAAGAACUUCUGACAUAUCUCUCGACUUGUACCUAGAAUUUGAAUAUCUAUUCCUCUCAGUAAUAAUUGGUUGUUACCACAACAACUCUUCAUAGUGUGGGUGGGGGUGAAAGAGGAUGGUGUUUCCAUGGAUGGACUCUGCGCGUGCUGUGUUUUCCCGCCGAUGUGUUAUGUUUAUGCUGUUGAGAGCUUAAAUAAAUGGACUUUAUAAAUUGACUACGAACAAUUAUUGAAGUUUAACACUUUGUACAGCAAACUUGACCACUGACGGCUUGAACUUUAGGUUGUACUCUUUUUUCUCAGACUCGGCUCUUGUUUGUUUGUUUUUUACGGGUAAACUAAUCUGACGUGACUGCGCAAACUUUGGCCUACUGAUUUUAUGUUCGAAUGUUCCGCCGCCGUUCACAACAUUUACUUUGCGAAUAUAAUUUUCGUUUGGUUUUAUUAUAUCAAUUAAAUACUUUCGAGUUUUUAAAGUAGAUUAUCGAAAUAAACUCUGUAUAAAGACAGGUUAAUAUAUUUCAGUUACUUUAUCUGUCGUCUUUUAUUCCGUGGAAUGAUGCUCAUGAAGUCUGGGCUCGUAUUUAAGGCCUGUCACGGCACGACAUGUCCAUCUCUCCUGUAUACACCGACAGCCCGUCUGAACUAACUAAUGAAAUACCGAUUUUGUUAGCCAGGUUCUUUGAAGCAUCUGUCUGAAUCUGAACACAUCUUUCUAUACAUGUCUUUAUUACUUGUGGGUGUAAAAUAAAUUCCUUAUCUUUGUUCUUUUUGUCAAGCAAUGUGAGAUCAACAAUAGGAUCAGGAGGUAUCUAUGGAUGUAUUGCAGCCUCAGCUGUUGCGAUUUACCGCUAAUGAGCACCUCAACACCGCCCCCUUUGUGAUGUCAGUACUGACCAUAUGCCCACUAAAGCUAACCCUAUUCCUAAUAUCGUAACAGCCACGCACAGGGCAGGCGUCUCUCCCUAGUCGUGCGUCUGAACACGCUGUAAAUCCAGACCUGUUGGCCACGUUUGGUGCUGGCGUUACCAGCUGUUUGUUUCUCUCUACUGGACGCGAGCAGAAAGCUAAAUCGGACGAGCAGACAGCUUGAGUAGACAUGACAGAGUUCAGCGUGACAGUGGAGCAGCUCAAUGAUUUGUUAACGGAUGAGAGGGGGUUUUAUUGCUGGCCAACGAAACCCGUGGACGAGGUCUGCACUGGGAUUUACGUCGGCAACGAGUGAGUUAGUGUUUACCUUUUAGGUUUUGAUGAAUACAUGGUGGACGCCUUGAUCUUGUCUUGACAUUUUGUCUAUUUAGUAACAUGAAAAGUUGUCAGUUUCUGACAGCCUACAUUCAAAUAUUGGCAGAUUUGUUUCAUCGAAGUAUGGAGCAUGUUAUUGUUGCAGCCUUGCAGGGUGUCUUAGUAAAUUGUAUUGAAGCGGUCAAUAACUGCAUUGGCGUCCAAUGCUUUGGUCCUUAAAUAAAACUGAUCGCCAGCACAACCAGGUUGCUGGUCGGAUCGUCUUCACUUCUAUUCCGUAGAUGGGCUCCUCUCGAACUAGCAACAGUAAUGCGUUCCAGUAACGCAUCACUUCAAGCAGCAUUUGGACUUAACCUUUGGAACUCCCUCCUGACCCCGCCGUAAUCAUCCGCCAUUUCAUUGACGAAUUCAAUGUGUGGCUCUCUUUGCCAAUUGAAGUACGGCCGGCUCAGCACCGAGCCGGCACUUUUUAAAAUAUUUUGAUGGUGUGCGACGACUGUUAAUGGCCACUCCUGGUCAAUGUGCUCCAGUGCAAAAUCUGUAAGGAGCUGAUCAUUAUUAGUGACAAAAAAAUAAGAACCACAAAGUUACUGGGCAAUGUCCUUUGUGCCAUCAAAAGUAUCAAUACACCCUAAUAAGCCUACAGAAGGCCGACUUAAAGUAACACUACUUGUGUUUCAUUUUUUACUUUUACUUUAUUUUGGGAGUGGAUCCAGUAGUCCAGUUUUCGCGGCUUUAUUUCUGGUAGUUUAAGUUUGUAUUAAUGUUUUGGUAGUUCAGGGGACAGUCAAGGGUCCGACGGCCCAAUGCGUGGUUGGCCCAGGACUGUUCCAACCUUCUGUUUAUUUUGGCUGGAUCUGCUUUGUUAAACAAAUGAGUGCAAUGGAUGACCCCUUGUUUGUAGAAUAUCCCAAACGCUGCUUUUCCUCCCCCAAGUGUUACUCAUCAUCCUGAAGUGGUCACUCUAAACCCUGCCACAUCCCACUGCAGGUCUGCGGCCAUGAACGUUGCGUGUCUGCAGCGCCUGGGCAUCACUCACGUGCUCAACGCAGCUGAGGGAGUCUCCCUCAUGCACGUCAACACCGACGCAGAGUUCUACGCCGGCACCGCCAUCACCUACCACGGCGUGGCGGCCAGCGACACCGACCACUUCGACCUCAGCCCUUUCUUUGAGGAGGCGGCGGACUUCAUGGCGAGAGCCUUGGCGCACAACGACGGAAGAGGCAAGGUGUUGGUCCACUGCAGGGAGGGCUACAGCCGCUCGCCCACCCUGGUCAUCGCCUUCCUCAUGCUGCGCCGGAGCCUCGACGUCCACUCCGCCCUGGCAACCGUGCGCCACCAGAGGGAGAUCGGCCCCAACGACGGCUUCCUGCGACAGCUCUGUCGGCUCAACCAGAGGCUGCUUGCCACGGGCACGUCCUGAAGAGAGUGAGACAGCCGGGAGGGAGUGAGACAGCCGGGAGGGAGUGAGACAGCCUGGAGGGAGUGAGACAGCCGG